UCUGAAAGUUAUAAGAAGCAAAGUAAAGAAAUGAAUUAAUUUAUUUAAACAAGUGAAGACCAAGUCUUUAAAAUAUUUUCUUGGAUUUUGAAAUUCUAUUUGAGUUUUGUCUCUCUUAGAUAUAAAAAUGUCGGGCAAAGCGAGACCAGCUUGCUAGUAAAUAAAUAAAAUUUAAAAAAUAGAGGCAGCUCACUGGUAAGUGCUGCUAUUUGAGCUAUUUUUAGAACAGGCCAGCGGGCUACUCAUCUGGUCCUUACGAGCUACCUGGUGCCCGCGGGCACCGCGUUGGUGACCCCUGAACUAUAACAUCAUUCAGCAUUGAGAGAAAGUGAAGCAAUAUUGAAAUGGAGAAGGGUUUCUAAAGCGAGUGUGACAUUGUGGAGGUUUCAGUGUGUGUGAGAUAACUAGGCCAGGACAGUGUAAACAUCUGCUUCACCCCAGUGGGCUGUUGGCCGCCUGUUGAGAGCCGUGACAGAUGGAAAGGGAGCGAGUGGCUCAAACACUUCCCUCUCUGACUGCACUGGCAGUUGUCUUCCCAAAAUAGCCUCCCCUCCACAGCCUUAUAUGUGCAGGCCUGCAGCACGCGCCCGAGGAGGCAUCAUGUAUCUAGGCCACACAAUACCAGCUGCAGGCUCAUUGUUGCUGCUUACCAUCAGGCCCGUCUGCGUCUCAGGGACCAGGCCUCGCCAUGCGUCUCCACCAGCUCAACCGGGAGUGUCUCCUGCACCUUUUCUCCUUCCUGGACAAAGACAGCCGAAGGAGUUUGUCUCUUACCUGCGAGCGGCUGCGUGACGUCUUCCUGGACCCCCGCCUCUGGAACCUGCUCCAUUUCUGCUCGCCCUCUGAGCUGAGGAGGGACAACUUUGUGCUGGGAGUCUCCUUGCGUUACCUGUCUGUCUGCUGGUACUCCAGCAGGGUCCUGAAGGUGUGCAACAUCGAGGACUGGCUGAAGAGCUCCUUUCAGAGGGACAUCUGCAGCAAACAUGAGGGAUUGGUCAGCACCUUCCUGGCUCAUGUCUGCCGCAUGUGCCCUAACCUGCUCUCCUUGAAGCUGGCUGGCUGCGCUCACAUCACAGAUCAGGAUGUCGUCUCGCUGUUGCGGAGCUGCAGGAAGCUGCGCCGCCUCCGGCUGGAGAACUGCGUCCGCGUCACGGACGGCGUCCUGGACGGCCUGGUGGCUCACGGCGCCGCCCUGGAGGAGGUGCAGGUGGACUUCUGCAGGAACAUCACGCCGGAGGGGCUCAGGGUGGUGCGGGAGAAGAGGCCUGGCGUCCGACUGAGCGCGGAGAGGAGUGCGACCAUGAUACCAGACAGCAAGCCUGAGGAGAAGGUGGCGCUCAGGAGAAGCUUGCAGAAACUUCUGCAGUUCUCCUGAGAGAAGAACGCAUGUUUUGACAGGAAUUUGUUUACAAAACCUAAAAGCAGUGAAAUUGACACGUUGUGUGAAUAAAAAGAGAAUACAAUGAUUUGCAAAUUAUUUUCAACUUAUAGAUAUUUCAUGUUCAAACCUUAGUAUUAUUUUUUUAAAAUAAUAAUUAACUUAGAAUUUCAUGGCUGCAACACGUGCCAAAGUAGUUGGGAAAGGGCAUGUUCACCACUGUGUUACAUGGCCUUUCCUUUUAACAACACUCCGUAAACGUUUGGGAACUGAGGAGACACAUUUUUGAAGCUUCUCAGGUGGAAUUCUUUCCCAUUCUUGCUUGAUGUACAGCUUAAGUUGUUCAACAGUCCGGGGGUCUCCCUUGUGCUAUUUUAGGCUUCAUAAUGAGCCACACAUUUUCAAUGGGAGACAGGUCUGGACUGCAGGCGGGCCAGUCUAGUACCCGCACUCUUUUACUACAAAACCAUGCUGUUGUAACACGUGCAGAAUGUGGCUUGGCAUUUUCUUGCUGAAAUAAGCAGGGGCGUCAAUGAUAACGUUGCUUGGAUGGCAACAUAUGUUGCUCCGAAACCUGUACAUACCUUUCAGCAUUAAUGGUGCCUUCACAGAUAUGUAAGUUACCCAUGUCUUGGGCACCAAUACACCCCCAUACCAUCACACAUGCUGGCUUUUGAACUGUGCGCCUAUAACAGUCUGGAUGGUUCGUUCCCUCUUUGGUCCGGAUGACACGAUGUCGAAUAGUUCCAAAAACAAUUUGAAAUGUGGACUCGUCAGACCACAGAACACCUUUCAGCUUUGCAUCAGUCCAUCUUAGAUGAGCUCGGGCCCAGCGAAGCCGGCGGCGUUUCUGGGUGUUGUUGAUAAAUGGCUUUCGCUUUGCAUAGUAGAGUUUUAACUUGCACUUACAGAUGUAGCGACCAACUGUAGUUACUGACAGUGGUUUUCUGAAGUGUUCCUGAGCCCAUGUGGUGAUAUCAUUUACACACUGAUAUCGGUUUUUGAUGCAGUACCGCCUGAGGGAUCGAAGGUCACGGGCAUUCAAUGUUGGUUUUCGGCCUUGCUGAAGUGAUUUCUCCAGAUUCUCUGAACCCUUUGAUGAUAUUACAGAGCGUAGAUGCUGAAAUCCCUCAAUUCCUUGCAAUAGCUGGUUGAGAAAGUUUUUUCUUAAACUGUUCAACAAUUUGCUCACGCAUUUGUUGACAAAGUGGUGACCCUCGCCCCAUCCUUGUUUGUGAAUGACUGAGCAUUUCAUGGAAUCUGCUUUUAUACCCAAUCAUGGCACCCACCUGUUCCCAAUUAGCCUGUUCACCUGUGGGAUGUUCCAAAUAAGUCUUUGAUGAGCAUUCCUCAACUUUCUCAGUCUAUUUUGCCACUUGUGCCAGCUUUUUUGAAACAUGUUGCAGGCAUCAAAUUCCAAAUGAGCUAAUAUUUGCAAACAAUCAAGUUUACCAGUUCGAACAUUAAAUAUCUUGUCCUUGCAGUCUAUUCAAUUGAAUAUAAGUUGGAUUAGCAAAUCAUUGUAUUCUGUUUUUAUUUACCAUAUACACAACGUGCCAACUUCACUGCUUUUGUGUUUUGUAUAUUAUUAUAGUGUUUAAUUGGUUUUGUAUCUUAUUUUCUACACUCACAGACACCCUCAUGUCCUCAUA